AUGAAAAAGAGCGAAAGCGGUAAUUCACAAGAUAUGCAUCUUAAAAAUGUAAAUCAAGAGAGGCUAGCACAUGUUAUGGCAUGUCUGAUUGGAAAUGAAGUGAAUGUACAUAUGAAAGAUGGAAAUGAAAUAAGGGGGUUAUUUCAUGCGUAUAAUUCUACACUAAAAGAAGAUAAAAAACAAGUAGAUAUAUCACUAAACUUUGCGAGAGUUUUACCAAAAGAUGAAAAAGUGAGUGGUCCAAUUAAUAAGGCAAUGAUAAUUCCAGAAAAUUUAUAUACAAUAAUUGUAGGUAAAAAUAUAAAGCUGGAUUUAAAAGAUCCAGAUGAAGUUAAAAAUCUAAAUGAAAAAUUUAAAUUAGAUGGAGAUAUAUCGGAAAAAAAAAAAAAGUUCAAUUCUAGUAUAGUUAAUAGAGAAUUAAAAAGAUGGGUUUGUGACAGUAAUGAUUUUGAUGAUAGUAAAUUAAAGUUAGAUGAAGAGAAUAUAAAUGAACCAUGGGAUCAAUUUGAACAUAAUAGAAAAUUAUAUGGAGUUACAACUACAUAUAAAGAAGAAAUAUAUACAACCAAUUUAGAUAUUAAUAAAAUACCACAAUAUGUAAAAGUUCAUGCAGACAAAAUUGCAAAGGAAUUAGAGUAUAGGGGAAUACAUCUUGACCCUGAAGAUGCUGAAAGAGAUAAUAAAGACUUAGAUGAAGAAGAUUUAUUUGGAGCAGUCAGACAGAAUAAAGAAAAAUUUACAAAAAAUCAAAAAUUUAAAAAGGAAGAAAACAAAUAUAAACAAAAUCAAGCAAAAUCAAAUCAAUUCACCAUUAAAGACUUAAAGGAAAAAAUUCAAUUAGUCAAAAAGGAAAAUGAAAAAAAAUAUCCAACAAAUAAGCAAAAAAAAAUAAAUUUUUCUAUAUCUUCAUCAAAUGAUGAAAAUAAUUCUAGCAAUAGAAAAAAUAAAGUUUCAUCAAAAAAACCAGUUAACAAAAAUUCUGAUUUUAUUGGAAUUAAUGCCUUAAAUUUGGAACCUGCCUUGCCAAAACUGGACGACAAAACUAGAAUUGAAUGGAUUAUGUUCAAAAAUAAAACGAAAAAUAAAUCGUCAAACAAAAAAGACAAAUCGACGGAAAAGCAAGAAUUUAUAACGGCAUCCAGAGAGUUUAAUGAAAAGCUAACCAAUAAAAUGAAUUUAAAUGCAAAGAUGUCUAAUACAAAACUAAAUAAAGGUUACGCAGUAUUGAAUCAGUUUUAUAUUGACAAUCAGAAGAAUGAGUCUAGCAUAACAGAAAAGGUAAAAUAUAACAACACGCAUGAGACAGAUGAAAAUAAAAUGCAGGGAAAUGGAAGUGUGUUAAAUAUUAAUAACAUGAAUUAUAACAAGUCAAAUGUUAAUACAAAUGCAGUGUUAAACAAUUCCAAUAUGCAUCCAUAUGAUGCUUACGUUUUAAAUUAUAACAACUUUAAUGCCAUGAAAAAUAAUAUGAUUGGCCACAUGGAUUAUUAUCAAAAUGUGACCCAAUUACCAGACGCACAAAAUCAAAAGUAUCCUUAUGCCCAUCCAAAUUUUUACAAAAAUGGGGGAGUGAGACCACCAUAUCAAAAUAUGAAUUUAGAUAUGAUGCUAAAUAAAUUUCAUAAUUCCAUGAACAACAUCCCUAGUAAAGGCCAUGCUCAUCAGAAGUCAAAUAGUGAACUAUGCCCUUUUCCAGUUAAAGCUGCUGCAUCGAAGCACUUGUUCGAUAAAUUAAUAAGUAACGCAUUGAGACUCUCAGAAGAAGAAGACUAUGUAAAUAGUCCCCUUGAAUUUAACAGUACUCAAAAAUUAAGUUAUAGAAAUAUAUUAGGAGAAAUAGCAUCAUUAGAUUCUAUAAACUCUUGUCAAGAAGCCAAUAACUUUUCGAAUAAUAUACCCAUGCAACAGAAUAUAUCAAAUGUUUUAGUUAAUUUUCCAUUUAUACCUAUUAUGAACCCCGCAGUGAAUAAUCGUUUUUUAGAGAAUCCCCAUUAUUUAAGUCCAUAUUUUCGUAAUUAUUAUCCGAAUAAUUCUACUCCAGUAAAUACAAAUAACGCCUAUUUUUUUAAUAUGCCCUUAACAAAUGUUGAUGUAAAUUAUUCAUCAAAUAAAAAUAUGAAUUUAUACCCUCCAAGAAAUCUACAUGCGCAAAACUCGCAUAUAAAUUUUCCAAUACCCUCUCAUAUAUCAUCAAAUAUAAAUUAUGCAGUAAAUAACAAUAAUUCUUUAAAUAUAAUAAGUAAUUCAAAUGCCCCUAAUCCAAAUUUAAACAUUCCCCCCUAUGUACCUGAAUUUGUUCAUAUGAAUAUGCAAAAAUAUCCCAAUCAUCAGUCAGUACCUGUUCCUUUUUUUCCCCAAUAUCAGUAUCAAAAUUAUUAUACAUCACCCACACAUGGAAUGAAUAACGCGUAA